AUGGAGAAGGGUAAAGCGAAGGUCGUCCCUCAGGACAAGAGGGACUUCAGGUUGGAACGGUUUAACAACAGUAACAGGCCGAGAAGGGACUAUGUAGAGCAAUCCGGAUCUACUGGGGCUCAGGCAGUCCAGGCCGUGUUCCGAGAACCUCCUCACAAAAUCCUGGAGAAAGUGAAGUAUGAGCCUUUCUUUCAGUGGCCGAACAAGAUGUCUGGCGACCCUUCGAAGCGUAAUCAGAACCUGUAUUGCGCAUACCAUCAGGAGCCCGGUCACACUACUGAUGAUUGCAGGAACCUGAAGAAUUAUUUAGACCGGCUCGUUCGAGAAGGGAAGCUGAAACAUCUGCUGCAUCGCUCUGAAGGAUGGCAAGAACCAUCAAACAAUGAAACCAGACAAAGUGCGUUGAGGCCACCCAUUGGCACAAUUAACGUCAUUCUCGCCGCACCUGGAAGGACAGGCCCUGUCCCCUUCAGGGUAAUGUCAGUGAGCAAUCUCCCGACUAAGCCAGAUGACAGGGAACCCAAGAGGGUUAGAGUGAGCGGCACGCCAUUGAUUGGGUUCACGGAGGAAGACAAACAGGGGACUAUCCAACCCCAUGAUGAUGCCUUGGUCGUGACGCUCAGGAUAGGAGGUUAUGACGUCAAAAGGGUAUUAGUUGAUCAGGGCAGCGCGGUAGAGAUAAUGUACCCUGAUUUGUAUAAAGGAAUGAACUUGAAGUAG